AAUCGGACGUCCACCUCCGCGAAUUCAGACGAAAUAAUAAUAAUAUGAUAUCGCGGCAGUGGUUUUAUUUAGUUUGACGAACCCGUUCGUACGGCGUCCGUGCAGUUCGUAAUCAUAGGCGACUUAAAAAUAUUUUUUUUAUAAACUUUUUUUUUGUUCAUUUGUUUAUUUGUUGUUACUUUUUUUUAUUAUUAUUUUGGGUUUUUGCCACGUUAGCCGCAAUAACGCACACAUUUGUCCCCGAAAGUUUGGCAUCGCUUACCUGGACGAUAAACACGAAAAGCGAUCGUAAAUCAGAAAAAAAUUUAUAGGACAUGGAUAAUUCUAUUUUAGAACAACGUCGGAUGCUUGAAAACAAGAAAAGGCAAGAAAAAACCGCUUCGGAACAAACCGAUUCUUCAAAUUUUACUAAGAUACAAAAUAAUAUUAAUGGUUUAUCUGAUCCUUCUGAUGUAGAACUUGGUAAUAAUUCGACACAAAUUGUUCAACCUACUGAAGACAACGAACUUCAACCUAUUAUAAAAAAUAAAAAUGGAAUUUUUGAAAAUAUACUUGCAGAUUCUGAUGAUGACACUUUGAAAGCUUUUGAUUUAUAUAGAAAAAAGAAACUUUUAACUCAAAGUAUGAUGGACAUAGCGUUGUUUUCCGCAAAUGCAAAUCAGCUGAGGCAUGUCUUAGAGACGUUUGAUGGCCAAUACAUUUCAUACAUUUGUGUAGUACUUUUAUCGAUGAGCAUAAUCUUGCAAAUUUUGGUUGGAAUGACUAUGCUCUUGAGUAUUCAGUACAAUGUAACUAAUUGCAAUGACCGAAAAAUGGCAUUCAAGUUCGGAAACUACGUUAUUGUUGGAAUAUUCCUCAUAACAGUGGUUAAUAUUUUAAUAUCUGCAUUUGGAAAACCAGCAUAAUCAUACUACUUUAUACAUAAAUAGACUCAAAUAACUCACAUUAUUUUAUCUAUUUUUAUUACAUUAUUUUUUUAUUAUUAUUAUUUCCUCAAAUCUAAAAAUGAUAUAUUAUGCUUAUUGAUUAGUAUUGAGUAUUAACUUUCAAAUUAGGAGGACUGAGUCCCCACAAGCCACCUCCUCCGCCUAUUUUCACCAAUGUACCUAUAUAAUAUAUAUACCUAUAACAUUUUAUACCAUCUUAUGCAUAAUUAAUUAUAACUAAUUAUUUUUUAUUAUUAACUAUUUAUAUUACUACUAAUAAGUACCAAAUGAAACUUAAUGAUAUCAAUUUGAAUAUUGAAAACAUUUCAAAUUAAAAAAAAAUGUGUUUAUUUAAAAACGUAUUAACUCAUUAUAAUAUAAUAUAAUAUUUACUUAUUGAUGGUCAACUUCUACGUGGCAGAUACUUAUUAAACUACGACAGUGUUCAUCUGUAAUCUUUACAUAUCUCAGUAUCUGUAUUCUUGAUGAAAAUGUACUGUUGACAUAUAUUUAAGUAUCAAUGAUUAAAUUAACAUUCGGGAAAUAUUUUUAAUAAGGAUACAAUUUGCAUUUAUAUAAAUUUGACCUAUAAUAUACUUUUUUUGUACAUAUAUGUAUAUAUAGUUAAGACUGCUAAUAUAAUUACAUGAAUAAUAAUUAAUUUAAUUACAUUUUUCUACAAUUUUUCUUAUAUUGUAUAAAUAUAAUAAAUUAUACUUUUAAAUCUUAUUUUAACACUAGUCAAGUAAAAUUUAUGAAUUUUAAUCAUUAAUACAAAAUCAAGUAUUAGUCGGUAAUAUAAGUAUUAUUAAUUAUUGAUCAUGUAGAAUAUUUACAAAUAUAUAAUAACUUAAAUAUAUAACACAAAUACACAAUGCAAAAAAUAAAAUUUUACUAUAUAGUGACAAUAAUUUUCAAAAUUAAUACUUUAUUAGAAUUUUGAUAAUAAAACUGGAAUUUAACAAAUUAAAAAUAAUUUUUAUUUAAUUAACGAAUGACUUAUUUCAAUUAUUAACUGUUCACUAAUAAAUUCAAAAGUAUGUAACUAUUAUUUGUAUUUAACAUGUUAAUUUCAAAUUCAUUCUUCCAUAAGAAUAUAUAUUUAAAAUUUAAAUAAAGGUUAAACUUUUUAAGACUAAUUUUUUUUAAGAGGUAAUUAAUAUUUCUAAUAACUUAUGCAAUAUCCUAAGCAUCUAAGCUAAACAAUGUAAUUGAAAAUUCAAAUACUAUUUGUUUUAUCUUUUAUUGAAUUGAUUAUUAUAAUUUAUAAUGCACUAAUUAUUGACAGUGUUAUACUGUUAUUUGUUGGAUUUGAUUGUUCAUAAUAAUAAUUAUACCUAUCUAAUUGUUAUAAUUUAUAAAAAAUUAAAUAAAUAAUAUGAAAUCAAAACAUUGAUGUAAUUUAGCGAUUAGAAAAUAUAAUUUUUUUACAAUAAAAUAUAUACCAUUUA